AACACUACUACUCCUAGCGGAGGGAUAAUAUCUGCUAACUAUGAAUGAUUAAUUUUAUUUCAACAAUCAAGAUUGCAUCAAUGAGAAAAAUGACUAAUGUGAGAAAAUUCAUAGAUAUAGGAGCAAAUUUGACCGAUGAUAUGUAUCAAGGUUUAUAUCAUGGUUCCAAGAAGCAUGAUCCAGAUCUCAACAGGGUUUUAGACAGGGCUUGGUCUGGUGGAAUGAGUAAAAUGAUUAUAACAGGAGGCAACUUGGCAGAUAGCAAAAAAGCUUUGGAACUUGCCAGAACUGAUUCUCGCUUAUUUUCCACUGUAGGAUGCCAUCCAACUAGAUGCAAUGAUUUUCUAUCUGAUCCUGAACAAUAUCUCAAAGAUCUAAGUGAUUUAAUCACAGAAAAUAAGGACAAAGUUGUAGCAAUUGGUGAAUUUGGUUUGGAUUAUGAAAGAUUGAACUUCUGUGAUAAGGAAACACAGAUGAAAUAUUUUGAACUACAAUUAAAAGUAUGUAGUGAGCAUAAACUGCCUCUAUUUCUUCAUUGUCGUGGUGCUACUGACGAUCUUGUUGGCAUACUCGGUAAACAUAGGGAUAGCAUUACCGGAGGCGUUGUACAUUCAUUUGAUGGAUCAUAUGACUGUUUACAAAAGAUAUUGGAGCUUGGAAUGCAUAUAGGAAUUAAUGGCUGCUCUUUACGCACUGUAGAAAAUCUGGAUGUAGCAUCAAAAAUACCACAGGAUAAAUUGUUGAUAGAAACCGACUGUCCUUGGUGCGAAAUCAAACAGACGCAUCCCUCUUUUAAGCACGUUACAACGAAGUUUCCAUCUGUGAAAAAGGAAAAAUAUUCUCCAGAAUCAGACAAUCAAGUAAAAGGCAGGAACGAGCCUGUAAAUAUAGUACACGUAUUGGAAGUGUUAGCAGCGAUACGCGGUGAAGACAUCGAUCUAUUGGCUCAAGCUAUUUAUGAAAAUACCGAAAGAUUAUUUUUUAGCUAUAAGUGAAAUUUGUUAUAAGUACAUAAUAUUAUUUAAAUAAA